GAAACCCGGAUCACGUGACCCAUUUCCUCGAAUUGCGUUGGUUGAAUUUCAAUGCGCGCUCCUGGUCCGAGAGAAACGCCGGAGGAACAGAUAACCCGCUUCACCGCAAAACAGUCCGCCUCUGCGUUAACAACACAUCCUCGGGGAAAAACAGCACAAUGUCUGAAGAAAAGCCAAAGGAGGGAGUGAAGACGGAGAACGACCACAUUAACCUCAAGGUGGCUGGUCAGGAUGGGUCAGUUGUACAGUUCAAAAUCAAAAGGCAUACUCCUCUCAGCAAACUAAUGAAGGCAUACUGCGAAAGACAGGGAUUGUCAAUUCGUCAGAUAAGGUUUAGGUUUGAUGGACAGCCAAUUAAUGAAACAGACACACCGUCACAGCUGGAGAUGGAGGAUGAGGACACUAUUGAUGUAUUUCAACAACAGACAGGAGGAGUCUCUUCUUAAGUCGGAUGUGGACUCUUGGAAGAACAUCCACAUCAUUAUUUUCAUGUUGUAUUUGUUUUCUCUUCUUCUUUUUCCCCCCCCGCCACUUUGCUUGGUCAGGCUGUUCACAACAUAAAAGAAUGUAGAAGGUUUUUCAUUUGGGGCCAAAUCCUAACUUUGAGAUGCAGGGUAAUUUUUUAAAAAGUGUUUUAUUCACAUAAAUGGAUGAUUUGAAAUUGUCCAAGGCAGGGACACGUCUCAGAUAGAUAUGGCUUGUAAUGGGAAAAAAGGAAAAUCACACUGUGUUCUUUUGAUGUUGAAAUGACCUCAUGCAUGUCUCAUAAACCAUAAGCUGAACUACAUGCCAAAAUCCUUUUUUUUUUUUUUUUUUUU